AAAAUUAAUAAGAUAGAAAUUAUUUAAUUGCCUUAGCAUUAAGUAUUUUGCCAUAAUAAGAUGAAAAAGUAGAAAAACUAAUGAAAGAAAACAUAAAAUUUGAUCCCAAAUCAGUUGAAAGUUAUGUGCUUUUAGGCCUUAAUUAUUGGAAAAAAAGAGAUUAUAAAUAAUCAAAAGAAUGUUUUGAAAAUGCCCUUACAAACAGUAACAGAAAACACAUAAAAGCACUUUAAUAUUUAUCUUUUGUAAUGAGAUGUAUAGGAGAAGGUCAAGAAAGAUCCCAAAAUGUUGAAAACAGUAUAAAAAUAGCUAAAGAAGCUUUAAUGUUAGAUAUGAAAAAUGGAGAAAGCUGGUAUAUUCUCGGAAAUGCCACAUUCACAGAAUAAUACUAAAGUCAAGAAUAUAAAAACCCCGACUUAUACUAUAACAGGGGAAAUAUUUAUAAAUACAUCUAAGACUAUAAUUUGGCUAUUGAAUAAUACGAAAAAGCUUAUGAAUUAGAUAAUACAUUAGAUAGAUUUAAUAAAAAUAUGAUUCUAACAGCCAAAAUUACUCACGUAAUUACUCAAAACGAAGAAGUUCCAGCUUAAUUUGUGGCUGUUGAUUUAAAAGGAGAAUUUUUCUGUUUUUCAGUGUAUAAUACUUCCAAAUAAAUAUAUGAUUAAGUCAAAAGACAUUCUGAAAUUUUCUGUAUUGAUCCCAUUGUCAAAAGUAUGAGUCUAAAUAAGGGAGAUAAGGAAAAUUAAGGUUAUAAGAACGUUUAGGUUUUCGAUAUUAAAAAAUUCAUGGUUGAUUAUAAUAAAAUUACAGAUACUUAUAGUCCUUGUGUGCUUAAUAAUUAAACUAUAUGA